AUGUCUAUAUGUCUAUCAAGAAGUCCUUAUAGUUUUGCCUCAACAUCUCAUUUUAUAUUAACAUUCUCACUUAGUUUUACUGUUGUAUUAGGUGCAACAGUUUUAGGAUUCAAAGAACACGGAUUAAAAUUCUUUUCUUUAUUUGUUCCAGCGGGGUGCCCGUUAGGAUUAUUACCUUUACUUGUAUUAAUUGAAUUCAUUUCAUACUUAGCUAGAAAUGUAUCUUUAGGAUUAAGAUUAGCAGCCAACAUAAAAAGAUGA